AUGUCUUCCGAGCUCCCCCAAGAACUCGUCGACCAGGUCAUUGACCACCUCUGGGAUGACUUUGUCUCGCUCGCGGCGUGCAGUUUGACCUGUCACGCGUGGUUGCCCUCCAGCCGCACACACCUCUUUCGCCACGUCGACCUGGACAGUCCCUCGGCGUGUUUUCGCUUCCAGCAACUGCUCAAGACGUCCCCGAAAAUCGCUCCAUUUGUCCGGAAAGUACGCGUCCGAUCCUACUCCCUGUCGCAAAAACCCCCUGCUCUUGGGUACGAGGAGAUCAUGUGGGAGAGCCAUGUCCCUAGGUUGCUGAGCCGGUUGCCGAGACUCACAGACCUCAAUAUCUCUUCCUUGAAUUGGGGGACGCUUCACCUCACAGCCGUACACGGAGGCGCAUUCCUCAGCCGCCUCGGGAGCGUCAAGCGGCUCACCCUCGCGGACGUGCAUUUCGAGACGUCGGCACAGGUCCGUUCGAUGCUCGCCGCCGCGUCCAACCUCGAGGAGCUCUACUUCGACCGCGUAUACUGGAACAACUCGUCUGCGUGUGUUCCUUUGAACGCUCCGGUCUGCCAAAUGCCGCGUAUAUGUACGUCGCUACUGCAAUCACCGUUUGUUCCGACUUCCCGCGACACGGGUGGACGAAGGCUGCAGGAGCUCAUGCUGCGCUCCGGCUCGCCAUCGGACCUGGUCAUUGAUUGGUUGCUGGGUACGGGCGAGGUUAGGCUUCGCAAACUCCAUGUGUCCUGGCGAGACCGGAGGAACGCGAAGGCGCUGUGCGCCCUCCUAAUCGCAUCGGGGCCGCACCUCAAGCAUCUCCACAUGGAACUUACGAAUGGCGUGGCAGGACUGAUGCAGAAUGAGAUGCAGCUCGGGCUUCUUACCUCGCUGCGUUAUGUCCAUUUCGACGGCCUCAUCCUCUCAGAUUGCGGCGACUGGAUCACGACCAUGGUUGCACAGCUUACUUCGCCUUACCUGAACCAAAUGGAGAUUUCGCUUCUUGCAAGAUGGACCGACGAUUUGUGCAUGCUGGAUUGGAACAAACUCGAUGCAGCACUGUCUCGUGGAUGCUUUGUAGGUGUAGUGGUGACGCUAAAUGUCAAUCUAGCGAUAUAUCGCGCGAACAAGGAGGAAGACGCUCGCAUGAUUGUAGAGCUUGGGUUACCUGAGUUCCAGAAGCUGGGCACCUUGCUGGUCAAGUGUUCCUGA